AUGGGCCAAAUUCCUGAAUGGAAGAAGACAUUCCCGAUCAAGCCGACGCCUCCAAAGGAAGUGACUCAAAUAUCUCCCGAUGUUGGGUCCAAUCAGAUGCGGGCGGCUCAGUUCUUCCGAUGGACUGCGAAUCGUUCGUUGAUCACUUCUGGAGGAGCAGGAACUAUGGGCUUCGGGCUUCCUGCAGCCAUUGGCGCCCAAGUCGCACAACCUGACGCAAUGGUCAUUGAUAUUGAUGGGGAUGCAUCCAUGAGUAUGUCGAUACAGGAAAUGGCUGUGGCCGCGCAGUUCGGGAUUAACAUCAAGAUUUUGGUACUCAACAACAACGAGCAAGGCAUGGUCACACAGUGGCAGAAUCUUGAUUACGACAAGCGAUACUCCCACACGCAUCAACGAAAUCCAGACUUUGUGACGGUUGCUGAGGAAAUGGGCAUCAAGGCUCAUUGGUUGGACGCUGUGUCCCAUAUCCCAGAUCACAGAUAA